GUCUAGAGAGAGAAAACGUGAAAGACCUCUUCGUUUAGAACUCUCAGACUAUACAAAACCAAGGCCCUCUCUCGCUUCAAUAUACAUUCUUGCUUCUCACAUUCCGCGGGAUUUCACUGGUCAUUGUCUCUGUUUGACAGCAUAUUACCAGAUGCCUCUUCUUAAAAGGAAGCCUUUUGUCUUGGCUGAGCCACCUAAGGAUUUGGAGCCACAUGAGCUUGUCCAUCAAGUUCGAUUCACAAAAGAAAUUUUCCGAGAUUAUCAUGAUUAUUUGAACCGUAUAAAUUUGUAUCGCCAGAGAGUUUGGACAUGUAAAGUCACUGGGAAAUCUAACUUGACUUUUGAAGAGGCUAUGGUGUCAGAAAAGCGUGCCACUGAAAAAGUCCAACAAAUUCCCAAAGAAUUAAUGGAACCUGCACUAAGGAUUAUUCAAUACAGCACGCUUCCUUUGAGGGAACUCGCUGACGCAAUAGCUGAAAAAUUGCAAGAACAGGUGUAUGUGGGUGCUGAGCUGCAUGGAAAAAAGGAUGAUGGAGAGCAUCCCUGCAAAAUAUUAAAAGUCGUUAGGGAAGGAGUUGAUGAAUUCCGCUAUGAGGUAGCUUGGCUUGACAAAAACAAGAGAACAAUUGAAAAAGCAGAAGUCAGUGCCAAGGAUUUGGUGCAGAAGAAGUUUCCUUUUAGCAGGAACAUCUUGAAAUCUUUUAUCCGGGAAUCUACAUAUCGUAAUGCUCCUUGGGUGAUACAUGAUGAAUUGGCACGAAGUUAUGGAAUCUCAACUGAUAUCCCAGAGGAAUUAAAAGGAAGAGCUUUCUUCAACAACGGACUUUUAAUUUGCAACAAGAAAAGGAAAAAUGAGGAUGUAAAUGGAGAUGCUGAAAAUUGUAAAAGAAGGAAGUCGGGUGAUGCAAAAAAUGAUGGCUUCCCUUCCGUGAAAGAAAAUGGCCAAUGCAAGGUGGAACCUAUCAAAUAUCCGAUUGAUGAUUUAUUGGUGAAACCUAGUCCAAGAGAUCCUCAUCGUCCUUCUCCAUCGAGAGAUUUCAAUGUUCCGAUUCAUCAUGUAGGGGAUCUCUUAAUGGUUUGGGAUUUUUGUACUUCUUUUGGUAGGUUGUUGCAUUUGUCGCCCUACUCUCUGGAAGAUUUUGAAAAUUCAAUCUGCCACAAGGAAAGCAAUGUGGUUCUCCUAAUGGAAUCUCAUGCAGCACUCUUUCGGGUGCUCAUGAAAGACGAUGGUGAUUAUGCUUCAGUUGUGCAGAAAAGAAAACGGAAGUUUAAGAUUACAAUGAUUAAUUGGCAAGAAUAUUUAUGCGAUUUUCUAGAAAUGAUCAAUGUUCCUGGGUUACGGCAGUUUGAAGCUACCAUAAAAAGGGGACAUUAUGGCCUCGUUGAUAUCAAUGCUAAGCUAGAAAUCUUGUGCGAAUUGGUCAAUCGAGUUCUUGAAACCUCCAUUUUUAGGGAAAAGUUGGACGAGGUUAUUGAACAGCGGCAGGCAAUUGGUGCUACUAGAAGAGGAGAAGCGCUAAAAGAUGGUAGAAAAAGAAGAGAAGAAAAGGAACGGCUGAAAGCUGAGUUUGAAAGCAAUGGGAGUAUGGAUGGGCACCAUCAAAUAAAUGUAGCAACUGUCUCAACAAAAAAUAAUCACAGUAGACAGAAUGGGGACAUGGGAAAGAAAAGAAAUGGAGAGAAGGAAUCAUCUAGGAACGGGGAUGCUUUGGGUGGAAGUUUGGACAAACAUUCAAAUGGUGCGUCCAAGAAGUCUUCUAGGAAGCUGAGUUUAGAACUGAAAGAACCAGCAGGAAAUGGAAAUGAGUCAUCCAUAAAGGAAUCACAGAAGCAAUUAAAUGGGGAGAACGAUCCGCCAGAGAAGAACAGUAUAGAAAAGAGGAGAGAAUAUUUUGAACGAGAGAUGGAAAAACGAUUUGUUCGUACAAGUCCCCUGGGUAAAGACAGGCAUUACAACAGGUAUUGGUGGUUUCGCCGUGAUGGGAGGAUAUUUGUGGAAAGUUCUGAUUCCAAGGAAUGGGGCUACUACAGCAGCAAGGAAGAGCUUGAGGCAUUGAUGAGGUCACUGAAUCGCAAGGGUGUGCGGGAAAGAGCAUUGCACAAGCAACUGGAAAAAUAUUAUAGUAGAAUAUGUACGGAACUUCAGAAGAGGUUAAAGGAUCAGAUACAGAAAAUUGCACUAGAUGAGUCUGUGCUCCGAAGGUCUACUCGUGUUCGAGCGCCACCUAGAGAAAAUCCUGCCAAUGCUUUCCUCAAAUAUGUUAAUAAGUGGAAGGAAGAGUAGUUGGUGCAAGGAAGGCUUACAUCUUUUUAGCUUAGCUUCUUCGGCUUGAUGAAAGCUGGAACGUUCUGCAUUUGUUUCUUUUGUUUACAUAUGGAGAAUGGUAGCAAAUGAUUCAGUUGGUCCAAGGUCUGAGGAGGAAUAGGAUGAUUAAACGGUAGUUUAAUCUAUCAUCGGAUGAUGGACAAGCAUGUAUUUUAUGCUUGAUCCUGAAAUUUUGUAUAUGGAUUACACCAUUUUUAAAUAAUAACUGUAGGUACAAAAAGAAUUCUUGUA